CGCCCCACAUUCGUUCCCUGCUUUAUCUAUAGACAAUCAACAUCUCGAAGUUGUCCACACUGUUAAGCUUCUGGGAGUGUACUUGUCUGCUGAUUUAAAGUGGACGACGCAUAUUGACCACAUAUGUUCCAAAGCCAGUAAACGUCUAUUUGCAAUUCGAAUAUUGAAACGAAACGGCGUUGAAGUGUGGGAUCUUAGAAAUGUAUACUGUAGCUUCAUACGACCUGUGCUAGAGUAUGCCUGCCCCGUGUGGCAUUUUUCAUUGCCUGUAUUUUUGUGCGACCAAAUUGAACAAAUUCAACGCCGGGCUCUGAAAAUUAUCUAUCCUGAUUUAUCGUAUAAAGACGGUUUGAACGAACUCAAUCUGCCCACUCUUGUUGAUCGGAGGGUUUCCUUGUGUGAACGGUUUUACGAGAACAGUUUUGGCACUUCAAGUAAAACUUCUGACCUUUUACCUAGAAAGAAAUCUUAUUCAUAUAACCUUAGAAAUGCUAGAAACAUUCCACUUUUUAAAACACGUACAAGUAGAUUUUAUGACAGUUUUUUACCAACCUGCGUACGGAAAUGGGACUUGCCUUGAACUAUUCCAAUUUAAUAACUUAACACAAUAAUGCAUAAAUUUGUAUUGUACAUAUAUUUUUAUAUAUUCUAAUCUAACUAUUUUAUUUUAAUAUUUGUUACUUGAGUUUUUCAGUUUCUUUGUAAACUGCCAUUCAAGUUUUUAAUAAAUUCAAUUCAAUUCAAUUCAAUUCAUUAUUUGUUGGUCUGAUUCGGAGGUUGCUCUAGCCUGGAUUAGGGGUAAGGAAAAAUCUUGGAAACUGUGGGUUGAGAAUAGAGUGGUUGAAAUACGGAAGGUGGUUGAUAGGGCUGGUUGGAGAUAUGUAAAGAGUGGGCUAAAUCCUGCGGAUGUGCCUACUAGGAUUUCUUCCAAUAUUUGUGAGUCUUUUACUGGUUGUUGGUUUGAGGGACCAUCGUUUCUUUUGUCACUAAAGGAUUAUGCUGAGGUAGAAGUUGAGUAUAGUGGUGGGGGUGAGAUUUCCCAGGCGGGAAUGGCUGACUUCAGUAAUCAGACGCACAAGGGCCAAGAUAACCAAAAAUGUUCAUUAAGUUCUGUCAUUAACAGUGAUCGCUUCAGCUCGCUAAAAAAGCUUAUUCUGGUAACGGGUUACGUAUUACGAUUCGUGAACAAUUUACAAAAGAGAGUGAAAAGAGAAACAAAUUUGAUCACGGAGGAUAUGAUAACGGUCACUGAAUAUAACGAAGCUCUAAUUAUGCGGAUUAAAGAUGAACAGUUCCAGUUGAAGCAACAAGAUAAUUACUCAAAGCUCGAAGCAUCGUUACAUUUAUUUGAAGACAAGGACGGUGUUCUUCGAUUACGAGGUCGAUUCGCCAAUGCAUCGUUACAAUAUGAAGAACAGUAA